AAAAACACCCCAUAUUAGAUCUUACUAGCAAAUUUAUUACAUUACCCUUUAAACACAUAUCCAUAUGGACAACCAACAACACCAAAACAUGAGAACAAAUCAAGAAAAUGAUCAUCAAAAUAGCUCACCUAAUUCAUCAUCUCCUUCACAUGAAUUCUCAUUCACAAUCUCGUUUCAACAAACAAAACAAAUCCCACCUUCUUCUUCUUCUUCAACUACUACUACUACUACUACUUCAUCAUCAUUUGCUAUAGAUUUAUCUCCAGCUGAUGAUAUUUUCUUCCAUGGACACUUACUUCCUCUUCACCUUCUUUCCCAUCUCCCUAUAUCAUCCCCUAGAUCUUCCACUAAUUCCCUUGAUGGUUUCACUCUUCCCAAAAAAGAUCAUCACUUUUUUCAUCAACAAGAACAUAAAGUCCAAAACUCCAAGAAUCAAAGAGUAGUAUUAUUAAAGGAUGACACUUCUUGUGAUUCUAAGGGAAAACCAAAGACGAAGUCUUUUUCACUCUUUGGGAUACCAAAAUGGAGAAAAGGGUAUGAAGUAAAAGAUCAAAACAAAGAAAGAUCAUCACAACAAUAUAGCAAGAAGAUGAGUCAAGUUGUGAAGAGGUAUAUAAAAAUGGUAAGGCCAUUUUUGUCAUUUAGAAACAAAAAGAAUAUGCAAUUUCAUUCUUUUUCUGGGAAUUUAUUAAAAGGAAAGAAUAAUAAGGAUUUUAGAGGAAUAUUAAAAGAGCAAUAUUCAUCAGCACCAGCUUCAAUAAGAACAUCACCUACAAAUAGUGGUCUACUUGUAGCAACACCAACAGGAGGAGGAGGAGGUUAUAGUAAUUAUACUAAUUCUUCUUAUUCUUCAAGAGAUAGCACUAUGGAAGAGUUACAAGCUGCUAUACAAUCUGCAAUUGCCCAUUGUAAGAAAUCUAUUUCAAUGGAAGACUAAAUUAAAUGAGUACUACUUAAUUUUUCGUGUAACAAAUUUUAACAUGUGAUAGCAGGUUAAUUAUCAUCUUUAUUAGAUUAAUUUCCAAGUAUUAUAUAUGUAUUAGGAAAUUUUCUUGUAAUUACGUAUUAAAU